GUAACAUUAAUGUCACAUUUCUUUAAAUAACAAACGUAUAGUUCACAAGCAUAAAAUUCGUGACAUUAGUUAAAUUCUAACUCAGGCCAACCUUACUUAUUUAUAACAACAUCUUUACUACAAUAGUAUCAUACGGUCGGAUGAUGUUAGAAUAACGUCAUAUACGUAUUUCUUUAUACGCACUGAAACGUUCAUGGAAGGAAGGAUUUACUGGAAUAAAUAAAUGUUGUAUUCAAAAUAAUUGGUGCUCAUAUUUGUAUAAAUUUAUAUAAUGAGUGUAUAAAUAAAUGUAUGUUACAUUUCUUAUUUAAUACCGUGUUAAAAAAUUAGUUAAUUCACAUGCUUUUCGUUCGUGAUUUACAAAUAAGGUUAACGUGAAGAAUACAUGUUUUCUAGAAUUUAAAGAAUUAUUAUGAUAAACAACAUUAUAAGGAAUCUGGUAAUGUCACAACUAACUAAAAAAUUUUGCAAUCUCAGUGAAUAUUUUCCUUAUCAAAUCAUCAGGCUUUCCAGCUGUGCUAUUAACGAUAUAGAGAAAUUGUAUUGUGACAUAGCAAUGAGUCAAAAGAAACAAUUAAACAAAGUUUACAAAAAUUCUAAUCUAAUAUCCCAUGUUCUCGGAAGUGGUGCUCCCGGAGCACCAAAGAAUUUGUUUAUUUCCUCCGACCAUUGUAAUUAUAUAUUUAAUUGCGGAGAAGGAACGCAACGAUUAGCCCAAGAACAUCGUUGUAAAUUGUCUAAAAUAGAGAAUAUAUUUAUAACAAAUUUUACUUGGCAAAAUGUUGGAGGGCUGACAGGUUUGCUUUUAUCAAUGCAAGGAUAUACAUCUGAAGUAAAUAUUCACAGUUCAGAAGAAAUAAUUGAGUUUCUAAGUAUAAUUCAACUACUUGCAUGUUUUUCAAAAUUUAAAUUUAAUUAUAUACCCAUUGAUGAAUCGAAACCAUAUAAAGAUCAUGUAUUAACUGUUUGGUACAUUCCUGUAUACAAGACUUCAGAAAAUACAGAAAGUACUUUAGAUACAAAUAAAGAAACACCAUGUCAUUCGAAUGAUAAUGGAAAAAGGGUUAUUAAUACCACAGAAACAGAGAAAGAUAUAACAGAUGGAAAAAAGAAAUUAAAGACUAUGAAAAAAGUAUUCUGUUGCUUUUGUGAAGUUAAUCCAAGACCUGGUAGAUUAAUAAUGUCAAAAUGUGAAAAAUUGGGUAUAAAGGUUGGACCGCAUUUAAGAUUACUGAAAGAUGGAUUUAAUAUUACCAAAGAAGAUGGCACAGUUGUACGUAGUUCAGAUGUCUGCGAGCCAGAAGGUCCUAAAGAUGCUGUUAUUGUCAUAGAUUGUCCAAGCGAGGAAUAUUUAGAAUCUGUUAUAAAAAAUCCUAAAUUCUUAAACACGGAUAAUUAUGCAAAAGUUCUGGUAUACCAUUUUACUCCAGCAAAAAUUUUUAAUCGUUCAGAAUAUCAGACAUGGAUAAAAGCAUUUGGAAUGUCUACGAAACAUAUAGUACUAAAUGAAGAAAAUACUUGUCUAGGAAGUGAAGGUGUUUAUAAACAACAGCAUUUAUUAAACUUGUUGCAUUCUGAAAUAUUUCCUCCGCUAAGUGAAGAUAGCUUAAAGGAAGAAAAUGAAAUGGAGCUUACGAAUGUUCAUCGUGGAAGAACAAUGCACAGUAUAAGAAUACGUCCAGUUUUCUCUGUAAUAAAAAACUAUAAGAUUUCUCCGAAACGAGAGACAUAUGUCAAUGAAGUUCUGAAAAAUCCAGCUUUUACAGAGUCAUUGACUGCAUUGCGAUGCCAAAUUGAAGAAAAAACAGCAGAAUAUGGAUUAAAAGAUGCAUGUAAAUACCCACAAAUUGUUAUGUUAGGUACUGGUUCUAGUUUACCAAAUAAAAUAAGAAAUACAAGUGCUAUUCUUCUGAGGAUUGAUGAACAUCACAAUAUAUUAAUGGAUUGCUCAGAAGGAACUUUUUGCCAAAUUGUUCGACUUUUUGGGAUAUCAGAAGCUAGAAAUAUUAUAAAAAACAUUAAGGCUAUUUUUAUUUCGCACAAGCAUGCCGAUCACCACACAGGAACGAUUGGUAUAUUAAAAGAAAGGGAAAAAUACACAACUGAUAAAGUAUAUUUAUUAUUACCGCAAGAAAUCGCAACAUGGUUAACCACGUACCACACAUUGGAACCAAUUUUACAUUUAUGUAAUAUAACGAACAAUAUGCAUUUUCUCCAAUCUACAAAAGUAACUAAGUCCUUUCAGAAUAUAUUUUAUGAGACAUUGAAUAUUAAACAGUUGAAUACUGCUCUUGUCAGACAUUGUAGAAAUGCGUUUGGCAUUUCGGUUACUCUAAAUAAUGGGCAAAAGAUUGUUUACAGUGGUGACGCAAUGCCAUCUCAAAAUCUUGUAGAGAUAGGUAAAGAUUGUGAUUUAUUAAUUCAUGAAGCAACAAUGGAGAAUUAUCUUCAGAAGUUGGCUAAAAUGAAAAUGCAUUCGACAACGGCUGAAGCAAUAAACACUGGGAUAUCGAUGAAUGCAAAAUUCACUCUGUUAACGCACUUCAGUCAACGAUACUCAAAGAUUUCGGAACUUCCAGAAGAAUACAAGGAUGUUGGCUUGGCUUACGAUAACAUGGUUGUAUCGUUACCACAGUUACCGCUGUUACAUCUCUUCUAUCCAUGUUUGAAAGAAAUGUUUAGUAAACAUUAUGACGUAUCAAUGAAAAAAAAGAACAGAUAUUCACUGGAGAACUGACACAAAUGACAUUAUGUUGUACAUGUUUAUAAAAUUUUUAUUUAAGAAUAAAACCUGUGUUUUCUGUAGCAUUACAUAACUUUU